AUCUCCCCUGUGGCGAAGGGAAGGAAAAAACAUCCACGGGUGGAUUUUGGCCGCUGCCGGGUCCCACCCGGCGCCGGGCAGACGGAGCGAGGACACGGCAGCACCCGCCCCGCAUCGUGCCCCGCAUCGUGCGCCCCCCGUGCCCCGCAUCGUGCCCCCCCCGUGCCCCCCCAUCGUGCCCCGUGCCGGUGACGUCCCGUGAUCGUUGUCCAAGGGUUGCUCCGCGCCACGACCUUUGAGAUCGUCGCCCCGCGGCACCCGGCGCCGGCACCCACCGAGGUGAGAGCCCCCGUUCCCCCCCCCCCCGCCCCGCUCCUGGCGCCCAUGGCCGCGCCGUGGGUGCUGGUGCUGCUCGUGGCCUGGCCCGGUGCCCCCGGAGCCGCGGCGCAGGAGUCGCUGCUCAACGUCUGCAUGGACGCCAAGCACCACAAGACAGAGCCGGGCCCCGAGGGCGAGCUCUUCGGGCAGUGCUCGCUGUGGAAGGACAACGCGUGCUGCACGGCCAACACCAGCGUGGAGGCGCACCUGGACCAGUCCUACCUGUACAGCUUUAACUGGGACCACUGCGGGGUGAUGCCCGCCAAGUGCAAGCGCCACUUCAUCCAGGACACGUGUCUCUACGAGUGCUCCCCCAACCUGGGGCCCUGGAUCGAAGAGGCGGACACGAGCUGGAGGAGGCAGCGGGUGCUCCACGUGCCGCUGUGCCGGGAGGACUGUGAGCAGUGGUGGGAGGACUGCCAGGACACCUUCACCUGCAAGGUCAACUGGCACAAGGGCUGGAACUGGACCUCAGGUACGAACCGGUGCCCGCAGGGCUCGCAGUGCCGGCGCUUCGCGGCGGUGUUCGGUUCGGCGGCGGCGCUGUGCGAGCAGGUCUGGUCCCACUCCUACCGCUACACCGAGUACGAGCGCGGCAGCGGCCGCUGCAUCCAGCUCUGGUGGGACCCGGCCGAGGGCAACCCCAACGUCGCCGUCGCCCGCUUCUACGCCCUCGGCGCCGCCCCCCCCGGGCCCCCCCGGCCCCCGGUGCCUGCGCUGCUGGGGCUGCUGCUCCCCGUGCUGCGGGGCGUGCUCUGAGCGCCCCCGCACCGCGCGUGUCCCUCCCAUGGGGCACCCCCAAACCGUGUGUCCCCCUAUGGGAUACCCCCAGACCGUGUGUCCCCCCCAUGGGGCGCCCCCAAACCGCGUGUGUCCCCCUAUGGAUUACCCCCAGACUGUGUGUCCCCCCCCAUGGGGCACCCCCAAACCGCGUGUGUCUCCCCUAUGGGAUACCCCCAAACCGCGUGUCCCCCCCAUGGGGUACCCCCCAGACUGUGUCCUCUGCAUGGGGCACCCCCAAACCGUGGGUCUUGCCUCACGGCAUAAGCCCAACUGUGUUCUCGCCAUGGGAUACCUUAAACUGUGUGCUCCUCACGGGAUACCCCCAGACUGUGUGUGUCUCCCCUAUUGGGUGCCCCCUGACCGUGUCCCCCCCAUGGGGCACCCCCCAGCUGUGCGUCUUCCCCCAUGGGGCACCCCCCAACUGUGUGUCCCUCUCCAUGGGAUACCCCAAACUGUGUCCUCCCCAUGGGAUACCCCCAGCCUGUCUGUCCUCAUCAUGGGGCACCCCCAAACCGUGUCCCCCACCAUGGGCAACCCCAAACUGUCCUCCACACACGUCGCUCCAAACUGUGUGUUCCCCCCCCAUGGGAUACCCCCAAGCUGCGUGUUCCAUGGGGCUGGGGAAUAAAGGAAACGCUCCUGCUCC